CUCUUUCCGAGUCUCGGACAUGAAGCUUACGAUUGAUUUUGUUAGUGAGAAGCUCAGUUUCGCUUUAAGCCCGACAAGCGGGUGGUGUUGGUUGGUUGUUGAUAGAGGACUCGAAAUAGCUUUAUUUGCACCGUUCCCUUCUUUAUCGAAUAGGGUUCCUCCGUCACUUCAAAUUUUACUAGGGAUGAUAACCAGAGAACGCUCUCCACUAAGACUCCCGUAUGAUAUGCAGGUUAAAGCUCCCGUUUCAGAUGCUGAAGGCUCGUUGAGACCUCUUAUCUCAUACCGCUUCGUCCUACUUCAGCUAAAUGGAAUCUUUCGUAAAGCCAUCCUGAAAGUAAGCUAUCGAACGUGGCCUUCUACGCCUGCUUGCCUUCUAUUUGACAUCCCUAUCACCUGGCGGCUAAACCAUCCGUUGAUGAGGGAACUAUUGAAGCUUCUAAAGCAGCCCUUUCCGCUGCUCCUACAUCUAUCUAGGAAGGAAGUCCGCUACGAUAGCCCGAGAGGAAGUCUAAGGUUCAGCUUCAAGUGGACAGCUUUCUUCCUAAACAUCCGAGUUCGAAGCGAAGGCCCUUCUCUGCUGAUUCGUCCUAAGAUAAGGAAGAGCUUAACCCACACCCAAAGCAAAUUCCUUCCUCUUCCCUUCCUCACCUUCACAGAAGAAUCUCUUUCUUCUGUGAAGGUGAGAGAAGGACUGGCCUUAACAACGAAUUUCGUAAAGCGCAAGAAGGGGCUUGGAAAAAGCAUUCGAAGGAACUCGGACAUCGCGCGGCCAUUGGUCAAGAUCUCCCCUGAUGACAUCAUUACACAUUCAUUCAACGCUUCCCCGGCGGGGUAAGAAAGUAAGAUUGAACUACUGAAUAAGAGAAGCAUUGUGAUUUCCUUGAUUUAAGGACUUUAGCGUCUCAUUGCGGAAGCAGAAGUUCUUUCAUUCCUCAUUCACUUCUAGGACUUGGGUUAGAGAGGGGGAAUAUAGUAAAUAAAUAAAGUAAAAGUGCAGUU